AGCCUGGCUGGGAGACUCCCAGCCCCACCUGUCAGAGGACACCCCCUGCCUCCUUGCCCACUCUCUUAUAUUCUCCUGAAAUCUUGACUUCUACCUUGGCCUGCCUAGACCAUGCCUCCCGACCUCACUGGCUACUACCACUUCGUCUCUCAGAAGAACUUGGAGGACUACCUGCAAGCUCUGAAUAUCAACAUGGCUCUGCGGAAGAUUGCCCUGCUGCUCAAGCCGGACAAGGAAAUUGACCAGCGGGGCAACCACAUGACGGUGAAGACCCUCAGCACCUUCCGGAACUACAUUCUGGAAUUCGAGGUGGGAGUGGAGUUUGAGGAGGACCUGAGGAUCGUGGAUGGACGCAAGUGCCAGUCCAUAAUCACCUGGGAAGGGGAGCAGCUGGUUUGCGUGCAGAAAGGAGAGAUCCCUAACCGGGGCUGGCGACUCUGGCUGGAGGGAGAGAUGUUAUAUCAGGAAGUGACCGCACGGGAUGCAGUGUGCCAGUGUAUCUUCAGGAAGGUCAAGUAGCCGGAGAGGAGCUGAGGGCCCCCUCCCCUCCUGGACCACAUGGGUCCCCAGAUUCCUCUUGCCUGUGUCCCCUUCAAACCCAGAUGGCCCCAGGUCAGCACUCCCUGUCCCAGGCCGCUUACCCUGCCUCUGUAUCCCCCCUCCCCCGCCCCAUGUUAAUCUAUAACUUGCAGCCCCCGGGCCAAAGUCCUUUUCUUCUCACAUUCCACUGCCCAAUAGUGACCUCAUAUCCAGCUCAAGGUCUGGCCUCCUGGAUGAGAGAAACACGCAAAGGGAAAGGGCCUUUGAGAAUA